UUUACUAUAUUUUCAUAAUAAAUACCUUUUUAUUUGUAACAUAUUUAAAACUAAUAAUUUUAAAUCCCCUAGCUUUAGAAAAAAAAAAAGAGAGAGAAUAAUGUUAAAUUCAGCAAAUUUAUGAGAUGCCAGAUGUAGCGUUUUCAAGGCAAAGAACUGGGCCUGUCAAGAUAUAUCUCAUUCUAUUAAUUAAUUGGGCCAGGCCGAUUAUUUAUUAAUAUUGAAAUUCGAUUAUUUCGGCCUACAAAUGGUAACCAUUAGUGAAAAAAUGUUGACCAUGAGAAAUUAGACGGUGAAGUGUGCGACCAUCUCCAGCUACACAUGAGGCAAAGGAACAGCGAGCGAGCGAGAGAGAGAUCAGCAGCUUUUUAACCAAACAACGAUGAUGUUCAUGCGAAAUAGCGCUUUCAGAGCUAUUGCUUCUUCUGCUAUUCGGGUCCCUCAACAUCAUAUGGAAAUGGGUAUCUUUCCUUUAUUCUUCAUUCAUCACCACAUUACCACCUCUACCUGUACAAAUAAACCUUUUUUGCCUCAAAAAAAUGGUGGGUUUGUUAGUAAUACUAGCAAUAACAUUAGCAUUGAUGAUGCCUUGGCUUCAUUCUAUAGCAUAGUCCGGAUGAAUCCUAGGCCUUCUGUUGUGGAAUUUUGCAAAUUCUUAGGGUCCUUUGCCAAAAGCAAACAGUAUUCCACUGUUGUCUCUUUGUGCGAUCAAAUUGAUUUGUUUGGAGUUGCCCACAAUGAUUAUACUCUCAAUAUAUUGAUUAACUCUCUUUGUCGCUUGAACCAUGCUCAUUUUGCUGUCUCUGUCUUGAGUAAGAUGUUCAAACUGGGUAUUCAACCUGAUGUUAUCACAUUCAAUACACUCAUUAAUGGGCUCUGCAACGAGGGGAAGAUUAAAGAUGCUGCAGAGUUGUUUAAUGAGAUGGUGCGGAGAGGGCAUGAGCCUGAUGUAAUUAGCUAUAAUACUAUAAUCAAUGGUUUGUGCAAAACUGGCAACACAAACUUGGCUGUUCACGUGUUCAAGAAGAUGGAACAAAAUGGGUGCAAGCCAGAUGUGGUGACAUAUAGUACAAUCAUAGACAGCCUUUGCAAAGAUAAGCUAUUUAAUGAUGCCAUGGACUUCUUAUCUAAGAUGGUGGAUCGGGGCAUUUCACCAAAUGUUUUUACUUACAACUCCAUACUCCAUGGCUUUUGCAAUUUAGGACAACUGAAUGAAGCUACUAGAUUGUUCAAAGAAAUGGUUGGUAAGGAUGUUAUGCCAGAUACAGUGACGUUCAAUAUUUUGGUUGAUGGACUCUGCAAAGAAGGGAUGGUUUUAGAAGCUCGGUGCGUCUUUGAAAUGAUGACCGAAAAAGGUGUUGAGCCUAAUGUUUACACCUACGGUGCCUUGAUGGAUGGAUAUUGUUUACAAAACCAAAUGAACGAGGCCCACAAAGUGCUUGACAUUAUGGUUGGCAAGGGUUGUGCACCUGAUGUGCAUAGUUACAGCAUCUUGAUCAAUGGAUAUUGCAAGAGUAGAAGGAUGGAUAAGGCAAAAGCAUUACUUACUCAAAUGUCUGAAAAAGAAUUGACUCCUAAUACUGUCACUUACAACACUCUUAUGCAUGGCAUGUGCCAAGUAGGGAGACCUCGAGAAGCUCAAAAGCUUUUCAAGGAGAUGUGUUCUUCUGGCCUGCUUCCAAAUUUGAUGACUUACUCGAUUUUGCUAGAUGGCUUGUGCAAACAUGAUGGGCAUUUGGAUGAGGCAUUACAACUGCUCAAAGCAAUGCAAAAGAGGAAAAUAGAACCUGAUAUCGUCCUUCAUACUAUUAUUAUUGAAGGGAUGUUUAUUGCUGGGAAGCUUGAAGUUGCAAAGGAACUAUUUUCCAAGCUUUUUACUGAUGGAAUUCAACCUACUGUACAGACAUACAAUGUCAUGAUCAAGGGACUUCUUAAAGAAGGGCUGUCAAAUGAAGCAUACGAAUUGUUUAGAAAAAUGGAAGUUGAUGGUUUCUUGCCGAACAGUUGCUCUUAUAAUGUUAUCAUUCAAGGAUUUCUUCAAAAUCAGGACUCAACAACUGCUGUACAACUUAUUGAUGAAAUGGUUGGUAAAAGAUUCUCGGCGGAUUCAUCUACAUUUCAGAUGUUAUUGGAUCUGGAAUCUCAUGAUGAAAUCAUAAGCCGAUUUAUGCGUGGAAGCUCUCAACAUAGAAAAAUGAAGUAAUAUCCAGCUCGUUCUGCUCUCUUUUUCUGUCUCUUCAUGUCUCACAAGUUGACGUCUCCGGUGGCAGGUCCAUAGGGGGACUCAGAUGUCGUAAGGCCUCGCAUACUUGGAAACAUAUCUAUGCCCCCCUGCCAAGUCCAGAGGGGCAUCGAUUGAUCUUAAAAGCUGAAUGUAGUUAGUUGGAAAGAACUUUUCAUUAAAAUGUGGAAUCUUUUUAAGUCAACUGAACCCAUUUGUGUAAUUGAAAAAUCAGUAGAUUGAGAACAAGGGUAAUGCCGAAGCUCGAUUGAUGCAAACUUCUACUGGUUAAAGAUAAUUUUGCUGCAGCGGAGUAAAGUACGAUUAGGUGUGGUGUCUUGGAAUAUUCUAAUCCCGAAUUUACGAUUUUGAUCAUUUUAACUCCUCUAUACUGACAAUUGGAAGUUUUCGCCUCCCUGGGAUAUGGGCGUGAGAGCUAUAUGGGGGGAGUCUUGAUGCCUUGCCCUACUGCUUAGUAGGCAUCAAAAUUUACUUCUUGGUGGAUGAAUAUUUUUUUUGAAGGCUCACCUUAUUUUGAUAUAAUGGCCUCAGAUAUCGUAAGUCCUGGCAUGAUACUGCAAUCAAUGGUUUGUGCAAAACUGGCAACACAAAUACAGUUGUUCACGUGUUCAAGAAGAUGGAACAAAAUGGGUGCAAGCCAGAUGUUAUGACAUGUACUACAAACUUAGACGGUCUUUGCAAAGAUAGGUUAGUCAAUGAGGCCAUGGAAUUCUUAUCUGAAAUGGUUGAUCGGGGCAUUCCACCAGAUGAUGUUACUUACAACACGACACUUCACGGUUUCUGCAGUUUAGGACAAUUGAAUGAAGCUACCAAAUUGUUUAAAGAAAUAGUUGGUGGGAAUGUUAUGCCAGAUACAGUGACCUUCAAUAUUUUGGUCGAUGGACUCUGCAAAGAAGGGAUGUCCGUCUUUGAAACGAUGACCGAAAAAGGUGCAGAGCAAAAUGUUUGCACUUAUAAUGCUUUGAUAGAUGGAUACUGUUUACGAAGCCAAAUGAAAGAGGCCAAAAAUGUGUUUGACAUCAUGGUUGGCAAGGGUUGUGCAUCUGAUGUACAUAGUUACAGCAUCUUGAUCAAUGGAUAUUGCAAGAGCAGAAGGAUGAACGAAGGAAAAUCUCUUCUUGCUGAAAUGUCAGAAACAGAAUUGACUCCUGAUACUGUCACUUACAGCACUGUUAUGCAAGGUCUGUGCCACGUAGGGAGACCUCAAGAAGCUCUAAAACUUUUCAAGGAGAUGUGUUUUUCUUGCCUUCUUCCAGAUUGAUGACUUACUAAAUUUUGCUAGAUAGCUUCUGCAAACAUGGACAUUUAGAUGAGGCAUUACAACUGCUCAAGGAAAUGCAAAAGAGGAAAAUAGAACCUAAUAUCGUCGUUGAUAAUAUUCUUUUUCAAGGCAUGUUUAUUGCUGGGAAGCUUGAAGUUGCAAAGGAACUAUUUUCCAAGCUUUCUAUGGAUGGAAUAUGACCUACUGUAUGGACAUAGAAUGUCAUGAUCAAGGGACUUCUUAGAGAAGGGCAGUCAGAUGAAGCAUACAAAUUGUUUCGAAAAAUGAAAGACGAGGACUUCUUGCCGGAUAGUUGCUCUUAUAAUGUCAUCAUUCAAGGAUUUCUUCAAAAUCAGAACUCAUCAACUGCUAUACGACUUAUAGAUGAAAUGGUUGGUAAAAGAUUCUCGGCAGAUUCAUCUACAUUUCAGAUGUUAUUAGAUCUGGAAUCUCAUGACGAAAUCAUAAGCUUAUUUAUGCGUGGAAGCUCUCAAGGUAGGAAAAUGAAGUGAAAUUUUCCUAUUCAAGUGCUGUUGUAGGUUGCUGUUCCUCUUGUGAGUUAUCACAAUACUCAAUUCUUCAACUUUAGUGAAUGAUCUGUAACUUUUAUGGUGACUACCUCUUGUAAGUUAACUUUUAUGGUGACCACCUCUUGUAAGUUAUCACAGUACUCAGUUCUUUAACUUUAGUGAAUGGUCUAUAACAUUUAUGGUGACUUCCAUGGAUCUGUUUUUGGCAAUAGA